AUGAUGAUGAUGAUGAUGAUGAUGAUGAUGAUGAUGAUGAUGAUGAUGAUGAUGAUGAUGAUGAUGAUGAUGAUGAUGAUGAUGAUGAUGAUGAUGAUGAUGAUGAUGAUGAUGAUGAUGAUGAUGAUGAUGAUGAUGAUGAUGAUGAUGAUGAUGAUGAUGAUGAUGAUGAUGAUGAUGAUGAUGAUGAUGAUGAUGAUGAUGAUGAUGAUGAUGAUGAUGAUGAUGAUGAUGAUGAUGAUGAUGAUGAUGAUGAUGAUGAUGAUGAUGAUGAUGAUGAUGAUGAUGAUGAUGAUGAUGAUGAUGAUGAUGAUGAUGAUGAUGAUGAUGAUGAUGAUGAUGAUGAUGAUGAUGAUGAUGAUGAUGAUGAUGAUGAUGAUGAUGAUGAUGAUGAUGAUGAUGAUGAUGAUGAUGAUGAUGAUGAUGAUGAUGAUGAUGAUGAUGAUGAUGAUGAUGAUGAUGAUGAUGAUGAUGAUGAUGAUGAUGAUGAUGAUGAUGAUGAUGAUGAUGAUGAUGAUGAUGAUGAUGAUGAUGAUGAUGAUGAUGAUGAUGAUGAUGAUGAUGAUGAUGAUGAUGAUGAUGAUGAUGAUGAUGAUGAUGAUGAUGAUGAUGAUGAUGAUGAUGAUGAUGAUGAUGAUGAUGAUGAUGAUGAUGAUGAUGAUGAUGAUGAUGAUGAUGAUGAUGAUGAUGAUGAUGAUGAUGAUGAUGAUGAUGAUGAUGAUGAUGAUGAUGAUGAUGAUGAUGAUGAUGAUGAUGAUGAUGAUGAUGAUGAUGAUGAUGAUGAUGAUGAUGAUGAUGAUGAUGAUGAUGAUGAUGAUGAUGAUGAUGAUGAUGAUGAUGAUGAUGAUGAUGAUGAUGAUGAUGAUGAUGAUGAUGAUGAUGAUGAUGAUGAUGAUGAUGAUGAUGAUGAUGAUGAUGAUGAUGAUGAUGAUGAUGAUGAUGAUGAUGAUGAUGAUGAUGAUGAUGAUGAUGAUGAUGAUGAUGAUGAUGAUGAUGAUGAUGAUGAUGAUGAUGAUGAUGAUGAUGAUGAUGAUGAUGAUGAUGAUGAUGAUGAUGAUGAUGAUGAUGAUGAUGAUGAUGAUGAUGAUGAUGAUGAUGAUGAUGAUGAUGAUGAUGAUGAUGAUGAUGAUGAUGAUGAUGAUGAUGAUGAUGAUGAUGAUGAUGAUGAUGAUGAUGAUGAUGAUGAUGAUGAUGAUGAUGAUGAUGAUGAUGAUGAUGAUGAUGAUGAUGAUGAUGAUGAUGAUGAUGAUGAUGAUGAUGAUGAUGAUGAUGAUGAUGAUGAUGAUGAUGAUGAUGAUGAUGAUGAUGAUGAUGAUGAUGAUGAUGAUGAUGAUGAUGAUGAUGAUGAUGAUGAUGAUGAUGAUGAUGAUGAUGAUGAUGAUGAUGAUGAUGAUGAUGAUGAUGAUGAUGAUGAUGAUGAUGAUGAUGAUGAUGAUGAUGAUGAUGAUGAUGAUGAUGAUGAUGAUGAUGAUGAUGAUGAUGAUGAUGAUGAUGAUGAUGAUGAUGAUGAUGAUGAUGAUGAUGAUGAUGAUGAUGAUGAUGAUGAUGAUGAUGAUGAUGAUGAUGAUGAUGAUGAUGAUGAUGAUGAUGAUGAUGAUGAUGAUGAUGAUGAUGAUGAUGAUGAUGAUGAUGAUGAUGAUGAUGAUGAUGAUGAUGAUGAUGAUGAUGAUGAUGAUGAUGAUGAUGAUGAUGAUGAUGAUGAUGAUGAUGAUGAUGAUGAUGAUGAUGAUGAUGAUGAUGAUGAUGAUGAUGAUGAUGAUGAUGAUGAUGAUGAUGAUGAUGAUGAUGAUGAUGAUGAUGAUGAUUAUGAUACUUAAUAUAAGCGUAUAA